AUGGACCGCUCACACUUCACAACUUCCAAAGAUAUAGUCCACGAUCUCUGGUCAACCCUCUCCCUCCCUUCAUCCGCCCUCUCCGACGAGACUCUCGAAAUAACAGGACCGGAACAUACCCUUCCCUCCAGUUAUCGUCUAUCACUCGUCCCACCUGCUGCGAUAGCUACAUCUACUUUAGCAGCAUCACUCAUCUACUCCCUCAGAUACCCCUCAAAUACUAGUAAUGAUAAUAACGAUAAUAAUAACGGUAGUACUAUCAAACUCCCAAAGGUAAAAAUAAACACCCUCCACGCAACCACAGAAUACAAAUCCGAAUCCCACAUCCAACUCCUCCUCAACAAUCCAACCGACGACCCCUCAUCACCAUCAUCAUCAAAAUUAAAAGAAAUAUGGAGUCCCGUAUCAGGAUCCUACAAAACCUCUGAUGGCGGUGUAAUCGGCAUCCACGCGAAUUUUCCAAACCACGCGGUAUCAGCAUUAGAAAUCUUGGGAUUACCAACAAACUGUACCGAUAAAUCCAUAAUAUCAGAUGCAGUCAAACGUCACAAAGCGAUAGAUUUAGAAAAUAUAGCACAUAGGAGUGGGGCGGUGAUGUAUUCCCUCCGAUCCCCUCUCCAAUGGAAAUUAGAACCACAAUCUUCUCAUCUCCCAAAAUUUCCUAUAAUAAUUCGAAAAAUCGGAGAAGCCCCCUCUGGUCUUCCUCCGAACCUUCGACCCUCUUAUAACAAAAACAACUCCGCAAAAUCAUGUCUAUCCGGUCUCAGAGUCGCAGAAAUAUCAAGAGUGCUGGCAGGUCCGAUUUGUGGUCGAACACUUGCCGCUCAUGGUGCUGAUGUUCUUUGGAUUCAUGGUCCUCAUUUACCAUCACUACCUGGUCUUGACAUCGAUACUUCACGGGGGAAAAGAUCUACAUUCCUCGAUCUUAGAGAAGAAAACGGGGAAGGAGAAAAAGAAGAAGGAAGAAAUAAACUUCAGGAGUUAUUAUCAUCAGCGGAUGUAUUCAUACAAUCUUUCCGUCCUGGAGCUUUGGCCGCAAAAGGGUUUUCACCGGAAGAAGUAGCGUUAUUGAAUCCGAAUGGGAUUAUUUAUGCAUCAUUAAAUGCGUUCGGAGAGUCCGGACCUUGGAAGGAUAGAAGGGGGUUUGAUAGUAUGGUACAAUUAUGUUCUGGGGUUAAUGUUAGUGAAGCCGAGUAUUUCAAUCUUGAUACUAGCGAAAACGAGAAGAAGAAGAAGGAGGAGUUUAUGAAAUGGCCGUGUCAGGCGUUAGAUCAUACUGCUGGUUAUUUCCUCGCUAUUGGGAUUUUAGCGGCGUUGUAUAGAAGGAUUGUGGAAGGGGGUAGUUGGGAAGUUCAUGUGAGUUUGGCGGGGGUGAUGGAGUAUAUUACUUCAUUGGGAAGGAUAAAUGGAAAGGAAGGCUUUGAAGUUCCUGGAUUUGGGAAACAGGGUUUACUAAUGGAGGAAUUCAUGGAGACGAAGGAAAGUAUGUUGGGUUUGGUGAAGGGGGUUAAACAUGCUGGGAGGAUCGAAGGGGUGGAAGUUGGGUAUCGAUAUAUGCCGACUAAACUUGGCUAUUACGAAGCGGCUUGGGUUGAUUGA